AAAAAAAAAACCAAAAAAAAAAAAACCACACACUACAAAAACUUGUCCUUUCAUUUGCUUCCUUCCUUUCUUCUGUUCUCGUUAGAACGUUAAAUUCUCUAUUCUAACUCUUCCAACGAAAAAAGCAAAUGUUGGUUCUUCCUGGGACAUCCGCUCUUUCCUCCUUCAAGAGCGACAGCUUGUUAAAGUCUAUUCAAAAGUCGAUUCCUAAUGCAGUAUCAGUCUCAGCCAUUUUCCUUCAUUUUGUUCAACCUCGUUCAGGUCAGAAAGAAGUCUUGAAAACGGCAUCAACCGAACCCAGCCAAAUUUUACACAAUCUAUUGAACUAUGGCUAUUAUUCUAUUGAGGCUGAAGAGAAGACGUCGAUCGAAUCUUUCCUGAAAUCCAAUGCACAGGAGAAAGAGGGAAACAGCACUAUCAUUGUUGUUUCACCCCGUGCUGGUACUAUCUCGCCAUGGUCAUCCAAAGCCACCAAUAUUGCUCAUCUUUGUAACCUUUUCGAUUAUGUCGAACGUAUUGAACGUGGCGUUGCGUACCGUAUUGUGACGGAAGAUCAUCAACUUAGCAGCGAAGAAAUAUCCCGCAUCGCUAGUUUAAUCCAUGAUCGUAUGACUCAAUCUGUAGAUUUAUGUUUGCCUGAGCCUGAAUCAGUGUUCCAUCAUGGCCAACCAGCUCCUUUAACAGUUGUGGAUUUGAUGAUGAACAAGAAACAAAAGAGGAAUGAUGGCAGCAGUGAUAAAAGUCGAACUACAGAUGAAGCUCGUGGUUUAUUAAUGGAAGCAAAUAAGACGUUAGGGCUGGCUUUAGCUGAAGAUGAGAUUGACUAUUUAAUUGAUGCUUUCGUUGGGAGCGAAUCAUCAGAAGGGCUUCAGCGUAAUCCAACAGAUGUGGAGCUGUUUAUGUUUGCUCAAGUGAAUUCAGAACAUUGUCGCCACAAAAUAUUUGGUGCCGAUUGGACUAUUGACGGUGAAUUGAAGCCUCAUUCGUUAUUUGGGAUGAUUAGAAAUACACAUAAAUUGCAUCCGGACGCAACAUUAUCAGCUUAUUCAGAUAAUGCAGCUGUACUCAAAGGAUUCAAAGCAACACGAUUUGCUCCAAAUACAACAAAGGGGAACAUUUACGAGCAUUUCGAGGAAGAAGUGCAUUAUCUUGCAAAGGUUGAAACACACAACCAUCCUACUGCGGUAUCACCUUUUCCUGGUGCAUCCACUGGUUCAGGAGGUGAAAUUCGUGAUGAGGGGGCUGUUGGACAAGGCUCUAAACCCAAGGCAGGCCUCGUUGGCUUUACAACUUCCAACUUAUUGAUUCCUGGACACAUUCAGCCAUGGGAAACUGACUUUGGUAAGCCUGGCCAUGUUGCUUCUGCAUUUGACAUCAUGUUGGAAGCUCCAUUAGGUGGAGCAGCCUUCAAUAAUGAAUUUGGUCGUCCUGCGCUGACAGGUUACUUCCGUACAUUUGCCGAAACUGUUCAUGUGACCGAAAGUACAACAGAAGUUCGUGGUUACCAUAAACCCAUCAUGAUUGCUGGUGGCGUUGGCACCGUUCGUCCUACUCAUGUCUUUAAAAAACCAAUUACCCCUGGUUCUUAUUUAAUUGUCUUGGGUGGCCCUGGUAUGCUCAUUGGUUUGGGUGGUGGUGCUGCCUCAUCUAUGGCAUCUGGCCAGUCCAGUGCUGAGUUAGAUUUUGCUUCCGUUCAACGUGAGAAUCCUGAAAUGCAACGUCGUGCUCAGCAAGUCAUUGAUGCUUGUACAGCUCUUGGAGAAGACACGCCUAUACAGUCUAUUCACGAUGUUGGUGCUGGUGGUCUUUCUAACGCUUUACCAGAAAUUGUUCAUGAUAGUGAUUUGGGUGCUGAGAUCGAUCUGCGUAAAAUUCCUUGUGACGACGCUUCCAUGUCUCCAAUGGCUAUUUGGUGCAAUGAAUCUCAAGAACGCUACGUAUUGGCGAUAGCAUCCGAUAAAUUGGCUCAAUUUGAAGCCUUCUGUGCUCGUGAACGCUGUCCUUAUGCGGUUGUUGGUACUGCCACAACUGAAAAACGAUUAGUUGUACGUGACCCACUCCUCAACAACACACCCAUUGAUUUACCUAUGCCUGUCUUAUUUGGCAAACCACCCAAAAUGUCUAGAAAAACAACUUCACAGAAACCUUACAGGCGCCCUUUCGAUACCACAUUAAAAUCAUAUUUACCUACUGCUGUGAAGACUACGAGAGCUAUUCUAUCUGAAGCGGUGUCUCGUGUUCUUCAUCUACCUUCUGUUGCCUCCAAAUCUUUCUUGGUAACCAUUGGUGAUCGUUCUAUUACUGGUAUGGUAGCUCGAGAUCAAUUUGUAGGGCCAUGGCAAGUGCCUGUUGCGGACGUAGCUGUGACGACUUCCUCUCUCGGUCUUGAUAUUGUCACAGGUGAAGCCAUGGCAAUGGGUGAACGUACACCUAUUGCUCUUAUAUCUCAAGCCGCUUCUGCUCGUAUGGCUGUUGGUGAGGCAUUGACUAACUUGGCAGCUGCCCACAUCAAGAACAUAAAGGAUGUUAUCAUGUCGGCCAAUUGGAUGUGUGCAGCUGAUCAUCCUGGUGAAGGUGCUGGACUUUAUGAGGCUGUUCAAGCAGUUGGUAUUGAUCUCUGCCCCAAAUUGGGUAUUGCCAUUCCAGUUGGUAAAGACUCAAUGUCGAUGAAAAUGAAAUGGGAAGAUAAAGAAGUGACGGCACCUUUGUCUCUGAUUAUUACAGCCUUUGGUGCAGUGUCCAACAAUCACAACACUUGGACACCACAAUUGGUCAAUCGAACUGCUACAGAACUUGUUUUGAUUGAUUUGGCUGCUGGUAAACAGCGCAUGGGUGGCUCAGCGAUUGCCCAAGUAUUCAAGGAAAUAGGUCACGAGGUGCCGGAUGUUGAGGAUGCUGAACUUCUUAGAAACUUUUUCAAUGCUAUGCAACGUCUAAAAGAACAAAAGAAUCCUCUCGUAUUAGCCUAUCAUGAUCGUUCAGACGGUGGUUUGUUUACUACAGUGGCUGAAAUGUGUUUUGCUGGUCAUGUGGGUGCACGCAUUACGUUGGAUAGCUUGAUAUCUGAUGUUAAUACUGACAUUGUCUCUGCCCUCUUCAAUGAGGAAUUGGGUGCUGUUAUUCAAAUUGAAUCUUGCCGCUUCGAAGAAUUCCUCAGCAUCAUGCAAAAUACUGGUGUUCCUUCUAGUGUUAUUCAUAAAAUCGGUUGUGUUACGGAACAUGAUGCUCAGGAUAUCGUUUCUUUCAAUUCAAAUAAUCAAGAAAUUUAUAGUGCUUCCCGAAUUGACCUUUAUCGUGCUUGGUCUGAAGUCUCUUUCCUUAUGCAAUCAUCUCGAGACAAUGCAAUUUGCGCUCAGCAAGAGUAUGAUGCUGUUCUGGACGCAAACAAUCCGGGGCUGCAAUACCGAUUGACUUUUAACCCUGCCGAAGAAUUUGCGUUGAGUAAGCAACAACAAAAUCGCCCGAAGGUAGCUAUUCUCCGUGAUCAAGGUGUCAAUGGGCAAAUUGAAAUGGCCUUUGCUUUCCACGAGGCUGGCUUCGAAUCCGUGGAUGUUCAUAUGACAGACAUUAUUUCCGGGAAAGUCGCAUUAAAUGAAUUUAUUGGUAUUGCCGCUUGUGGUGGCUUCUCUUAUGGUGACGUUCUAGGCGCCGGUUCUGGUUGGGCUCGCACUAUUCUGCUGAACUCUCAUGCCCGUGCUGAAUUUGCUAACUUCUUUUCUCGGGAAAAUACAUUUGCAUUGGGUGUAUGCAAUGGUUGCCAAUUCUUAAGUCAAUUAGCUGAAUUGAUUCCUGGUGCUGCUCACUGGCCACGCUUUGCUCGUAAUGAAUCUGAACAGUUUGAAGGCCGUACCUCUCUUGUCGAAAUCUCUUCGACAACCAAUUCUGUAUUUUUUAAGGGUAUGGAAGGCUCUAUUUUACCUAUUGCUGUAGCUCAUGGAGAAGGUCGAGCUACUUUCAAAGAUGAAAAGGCUUUUGAACAAUUUCUCGAAAAGAAAGAUACCAUGAUUGCUACGGCUUACGUAGACAACUAUGGUAAAGUGACACAGCAAUAUCCUUUCAAUCCUAAUGGCUCCCCUCUUGGUAUUGCUGGUGUUUCUUCAUUAGACGGUCGUGUUUUAAUCAUGAUGCCUCAUCCUGAACGUGUUGUAUUGAAGGAAAGUAAUUCUUGGUAUCCUACAGAUAACAGUUGGGGACAAGUAGGUCCUUGGUUGAGGAUGUUCUGUAAUGCUCGCCAAUGGGUUGGUGACAGUUUCUAAAAUAUAUUUGUACACAUAACAUACACAAAUGAUCCAACUGUGUUUAUAUCCACGCUGCGGAAUUUUUUUUCUUCUCUUUGUACAGUUAAUUCACUAAUUAAAAAAAUUGCUUAGACAUAUAAUAUGCUUCAAAUCGCAUGAAAUAAUAACUUGUAAAAUAAAGUUUACUGGUAACUGAAUUGAAUACCCCCGAAUAAAUCUGGA